AAAAUCAACCGCAGUGACGCCCACGCUCAAUGCGCUUGAAGGCGCGCGCUUAAAUAGCCGGACUCGUUUCUGGACCAAAGAAAGAAAGCAUCCUUUUGAAUCCAAGGAGAACUGCAUUAGCCUACACAAUGAUGCUCCUUUUUACGGUGAUUCUAGUCAGUGCUGAUGCCAGUAUGGCACUUCACGCCCAAACUUUCAAAAAAGAUGAUCCGUACUCCGGUCGUUCGUUAGUGUGUGAUCGCUGUCCACCUGGAACGUACCUCCGUGCGCCCUGCAGUGCCACCCGAAAGAGCGACUGUGCGAAAUGUCCCAAAGGGGCAUACACAGAAUUUUGGAACCACAUCUCCAUGUGCCUGCGCUGCAGCAUGUGCGCUGAGAACCAAGUCGUCAAGCAGGAGUGUUCUCCAUCCAACAACUGCAAGUGCGAGUGCAAGGAGGGUUACUACUUCAACAAGAGAUACGAAGCAUGCAUCAAACAUAAAGAAUGCCCCCCUGGGUAUGGAGCGAAUGCUACAGGUACACCCCAACAAGAUACAGAAUGUGUGCAGUGUCAACCCAGAUUCUACUCUAACGUUUCCUCGGCAAAAGCAAUCUGUGUUGCCCACUCAAACUGCGAAGCUGGUGGACUGCGCGUGGUGCUGAAGGGCAGAGGCUGGCACGAUACACUGUGUGCAUCAUGUGAUGACCUCAAAACUCAUGAUGGAGCUGAAUAUCUACAGGAAAUCCUUCCUGCGUUCUUCAUUCAACUUCACCAGAAGAUGGGCAUUCAGAGAAUACGUCGGUUAGCGAUGAGGCUGCCGCAAGAGGGAGGCAAGAAACCGCUCCGAGGAACAGUCAUGAAACUUUCUAGGAGGGGUCUUAACGACUUUAUGAACAGUUGGGACCAAGGUGCAGGGAAAGACCAAGUUAGGAAACUUCCGGAGAUGUUGAGGAAGACAGGGGCCCGCAAUGCAGCAGACAAACUAGAGCUUAAACUGAAAUAUAUAGACCAACAAUUCAAACUCUGUGAAGGGUUAGUUGAAGUAGCCUAAAAUGGGUUAAAGUAGCCUCUCAUCCCCAUCUUCUUAAUAACAUAUCUUGACAGCAAAAAGUAAUUCAGUUCAACAGUUGUCCA